GCACUGAACCCCCCACCAGCUGCAGCCAUGAACUCCGCAAGGAAGGACCACCUCAGCGCCAGCAGCUCAGAGCCCCUUGCAGUCAUCAUCAUUGGCAACGGCCCCUCGGGCAUCUGCUUAUCCUACCUGCUCUCAGGCUACACCCCCUACCUGAAGCCAGGCGCCGUUCAUCCUCAUCCCCUGCUGCAGAGGAAGCUCACCGAGGCACCAGGGGUCUCCAUCCUGGACCAGGACCUGGAUUACCUGUCUGAAGGCCUCGAAGGCCGGUGUCAAAGUCCCGUGGCCCUGCUCUUCGAUUCCCUCCUGCGGCCAGACACAGACUUUGGGGGAAACUUAGAGUCUGUGCUUACCUGGAGGUGCCAGAAGGAGCGAGCCAUUCCCCACAUGGUGCUGGGCAGGAACCUGCCUGGAGGCGCCUGGCAUUCCAUUGAAGGCUCCACAGUGACUCUGAGUAAAGGCCAGUGGAUGGGGCUCCCAGACCUGCAGGUCAAGGACUGGAUGUGCAAAAAGCGGAGAGGUCUCCGAAACAGCCGAGCCACCGCCGGGGACAUCGCCCACUACUACAGGGAUUAUGUGACCAAGAAGGGCCUGGGCCACAACUUCGUGUGCGGCGCUGUGGUCACAGCUGUGGAGUGGGGGACACCUGAGCCCGGUGGCUCUGGGUCCCAGGACCCCAGCCGCCUCUUCCAGGUGAGCGGCUUCCUGACCACCCAGGACCAAAGCCCGCAGCCCUUCUCCCUGUGCGCCCGCAACGUGGUCCUGGCCACAGGCACGUCUGACAGCCCGGCCCACCUAGACAUCCCCGGGGAGGCCCUGCCCUUUGUCCACCAUGAGCUGUCGGCCCUGGAGGUGGCCACGCAGACGGGGGCGGUGACCCCGGCCUCAGAACCCGUCCUCAUUGUGGGUGCGGGGCUGUCAGCGGCUGAUGCGGUCCUGUACGCCCGUCACUACAAUGUGCCGGUGAUUCAUGCCUUCCGGCGGACCGUGGACGACCCUGGUUUGGUAUUCAACCAGCUACCCAGGAUGCUGUACCCUGAGUACCACAAGGUGCACCAGAUGAUGCGUGAGCAGUCCAUCCUGUCGCCCAGCCCCUACAAGGGCUACCUCAGCCUCCCCGAGCACCGGCCGCUGCUCUUCAAGGAAGACCGCCAGGCCGUGUUCUGUGACCCACAGGGUGGACAGAAGGUCUUUGGCGUCUCCCUGGUGCUAGUCCUCAUUGGCUCCUACCCUGACCUCUCCUUCCUCCCCGGGGGAGGCGCUGAUCUUGCCAUGGACCCCAGCCAGCCACUCAACGGCAAGAGGAACCCUGUCGACGUGGACCCUUUCACCUACCAGAGCACCCGCCAGGAGGGCCUGUAUGCUGUGGGGCCGCUGGCUGGGGACAACUUUGUGCGGUUUGUGCAGGGUGGUGCCUUGGCCGUGGCCAGCUCCCUGCUGAAGAAGGAGACCAGGAAGCCACCCUAGCACAGGGCGCCCAUCCUCAGGCCCUGAGGAGGGGAGAUCCCAACAGCCCUGCAAAGACGCCCCAGUGAGGGGGGCCUCUCCUGGCAGGAGACAGGAGGGGCCGUGAGCCCAUGCAACCGGCCUCUGGGGAAGUGGAGUGGGGGCCCAGGCUGCCCCGGACUCAGACUGAAGCCAAGGAACCAACAGUGGCCACAGGCCUAGCGCAGAUCUGCACCGGCAAUCU